CAUCAUGUCUCUCUCAGUGCAGCAGGCUCGUUUGCCGUUGAUGGUCUGAAGCCAGAUACGCUGUACUUGUUUUCCAUAGCAGCACGCUCUGAAAGAGGCUUGGGAGUUUUCACUCAACCUAUUCAGGCCAGGACGACCAAAUCCAUGCUUGGACCUCCUCCCAGAAAGGUGGUGAUAGAACCCCUCAAUUCCACUACUAUCAAGAUGACUUGGAAGGCUCCAUUGUCAGUGAAGCAGUAUGGGCAGAUUCAAGGUUACCAUGUUGUCUGUUCCAAGUUAAAGAAUGGAGAACCGCAUGGCCAGCCUGUCGUCAGUGACAUUUCAAACCCUAACGCUCAGGAAGCCUUUGUAUCUGGUCUGCUCCCUGAGACAACAUACUCUAUAACUCUGGUGGCCUACACUGCCAAAGGAGAUGGAGCUUCUAGCAAGGCCGCUGUUUUUUCUACAAAUGGUGCUGUGCCUGGAAAGCCCAGUAUGAUGAUCAGUACAAUGAUGGGGAAUACUGCUAUGAUCCAAUGGCAACCUCCUAAGGAAAUGAUGGGAGAGCAUUUAGGCUACCAACUGCAGUACAAGAGAGCAGAUGAGAAAACUUUUAAUGUCAAAGAUUUCAGGAAGACAGAUGAUCAUUUUACACUUACCCACCUCCUUAAAGGAGCUACUUACAUUUUCAAACUAUCUACGAAAAACCAAGCAGGCACUGGUGAAGAAUAUAUAAAGGAGAUAAGCACCCCUGAAGACAUGCCCAGUAGCUACCCCCAGAAUCUAAGAGUGGCAGGCCUCACCUCCACUUCAACUGCACUGGUUUGGGAACCUCCUCCUCUGUCUGAGAGGAAUGGAAAGAUUAUAAAGUAUGUAGUGGUAUAUCGGGAUAUUAAUAGCAAGCACAACAAUACCAACAUGACCACAGAGACACGAAUGACCAUCCUGGACUUGCAGCCUGACACAACUUAUGACAUCAGAGUCCAAGCUUUCACCAACAAAGGAGGAGGACCUUUCAGCCCCAGCAUUCAAAGCAGAACCACGUCAUCAUCUGUGCCAGUGUUUGUCAAAAACUUUGGCGUGAAGGCUGUGACGAAAACAUCUGUCCUUUUGUCCUGGGAAGUACCAGUAACAAACAAAUAUCAAAUUCAACUCAAGAUUCUGUACAACAACCAAAAGGUGGAAAUUCAAAGUGACCUGAAGAAGAAGCUGAUCACACGGCUACAACCAGAUACAUAUUAUUCUUUUGUGUUGAUGAGCUAUGGGAAUGGAGCUGGUGACCUCCAGCAGCAGGUUUCUGUUCGAACCGCUCCAAACCUGCUAUCAGUGAAACCAACUCGAUAUCAGCCCAGUGUGGAUGAAGACUGGGUGACUAUUGUUAUGCCUGAGGUCCCAGUUGAAGCCCAUGUAAGGUGGUUCUACAUAGUUGUAGUCCCUGAGACCCUUGUUUCUUUGGAGAGAUGGGAAAACCCUGAAGACAUAGACAUAUAUGAGAUCCUGGAGGCUGAUGCUGACAACACAGGGCAGACACAGAGUCAGGAUUUUCUACAGCCCUUCAUUGUUGCUAAGAUGGCUGUUCUGCCAGAGAUCUUCAUGCUUGCCGAUGAAAAGAAAUACAAUGGCUUUUAUAACAGGCCUCUUCCUAUCCUGCAACAGUUCCGUUGCUUUGUUCUGGCAGACCUAAAAGAUCUUGAAUCUCAGAGGACAUUUGUUGCCAGUCCAUUUUCUGACACAUUCGUGGUGAAUGUCAGUGAAGUCACAAGGCAAGCUCAGGAGGACCCAGAGAUGUUGUGGGUGGUUGGUCCAGUGCUGGCUGUCAUUAUCAUUAUUAUCACAGUGAUUUCAAUUUUACUUUUUAAAAGUAAACAAGAAAGGAAACACGCAUCUUCAGCCAUGGAUGAACACAUAUUAGAGAGAAAAGAUUCCCUCAUGACCUGCAUCACUGAGCCUGUGGAGAUGAGACUGAAAUGCCAGAUAUUAGGGAUGACGGACUUUCCUCCCAUACCUGUUUGUGACUUGGCAGACCAUAUAGAGAGACACAAGGCUAAUGACAGUCUACUCUUUUCACAGGAAUUUCAGACUAUUGAUCCAGGACAGCAGCUCACCUGGGAGCAUUCUAAUCUUGAGAUCAACAGAUCUAAGAAUCGCUAUGCAAAUGUUAUUGCUUAUGACCACUCCAGGGUCGUCCUCACACUGGUGAAUGGAAUUCCAGGGAGCAACUACAUUAAUGCCAACUAUAUAGAUGGCUAUAGGAAACAGAAUGCUUAUAUCGCCACACAAGGGCCACUGCCAGAGACAAUUUGUGAUUUCUGGAGGAUGGUGUGGGAGCAGAGGAGCUGCACAAUUGUUAUGAUGACCCGUUUGGAGGAGAAGUCAAGGGUUAAGUGUGACCAAUACUGGCCUAGUCGUGGUACAGAGACAUAUGGAACGAUUCAAGUGACCAUACUGGAAACUUUGGAACUGGCAACUUAUGUCACACGAAUAUUCAGCCUUUACAAGAAUGAAUCAUCUGAGAAACGAGAAGUGCAACAGUUGCAGUUUCUGGCCUGGCCUGAUCAUGGAGUGCCUGAGCAACCUACCACAGCACUGGCCUUUCUUCAUAGAGCUAGAGCAUAUAAUUCACCAGAUGCUGGUCCUAUGGUGGUUCAUUGCAGUGCUGGUGUUGGGCGCACAGGCUGCUUUAUUGCUAUUGAUGCUAUGCUCGAGAGGAUGAAAUACGAAAAGUCUGUCGACAUAUAUGGUUAUGUGACAUGCAUGCGAGCUCAGAGAAACUACAUGGUACAAACAGAGGAUCAGUACAUAUUUAUACAUGAAGCACUUCUGGAAGCUGCAACAUGUGGCAAAACAGAAGUCCCGGCCCGCAGUCUGUACACCCAUCUCCAGAAACUCAUUCAAAUUGUUCCUGGAGAGAAUGUUACUGCCAUGGAACAAGAGUUUAAGAGGCUGACUUUGAAUGGAAGUCUUAAAACAUCCACUCAGAGAUGCAUCAGCGCCAAACUACCAUGGAACACAUUCAAGAACCGUCUAGCAAACAUUAUGCCUUUCGAAUUUAAUCGUGUCUGUCUGCAGCCAAUCAGAGCCAUAGAGGGGUCUGAUUAUAUUAAUGCCAGUUUCAUUGAUGGAUACAGGCACCAAAAAGCAUACAUUGCCGCUCAGGGACCACUGGCACAAACUACUGAGGACUUGUGGAGAAUGUUGUGGGAACACAACUCCACAAUUGUAAUCAUGUUAACCAAACUGCGCGAGAUGGGACAGGAAAAGUGCCAUCAGUACUGGCCAGUGGCGCGUUCUACUCGAUACCAGUACUUGGUUGUUGAUCCAGUGGCUCAGUACAACAUGCCUCAGUACAUACUGAGAGAAUUUAAAGUCACAGACGCCAGAGAUGGUCAGUCAAGGACCAUCAGGCAGUUUCAGUACACUCACUGGCCAGAGCAAGGAGUGCCCAAAACUGGAGAAGACUUCAUCAACUUUAUUGGUCAAGUCCAUAAAACUAAAGAACAGUUUGGACAGGAUGGACCAAUCACUGUACAUUGCAGCGCCGGGGUCGGACGGACUGGAGUAUUCAUCACUUUGAGUAUCGUGUUGGAGAGGAUGAGGUACGAAGGCGUGGUUGAUAUCUUUCAGACAGUCAAGAUUCUCCAAACUCAAAGGCCAGCCAUGGUUCAGACAAAGGAGCAGUACCACAUGUGCUACAAGGCAGCUUUGGAGUACCUGGGAAGUUUUGACAUCUACGGAAUGCAACCUGUCCUAUAAACACACUCAAAG